GGUGCGAGGAGGCGCCACCAUCUUGGGGCGCUGGGACGGCUGCGUCGGCGGGCGGCCGCGGGAGGUGGGCGGGUAGGUGGGCUCCGUCCCGCGGUCUUGCCUGUCGCCUGUUCCGCCCUGGGCCACGAUGCCGCAGUUCCAGACCUGGGAGGAGUUCAGCCGCGCGGCCGAGAAGCUCUACCUCGCCGACCCCAUGAAGGCACGUGUGGUUCUCAAAUACAGGCAUUCGGAUGGGAGUUUGUGUAUUAAAGUAACAGAUGAUUUAGUUGUUCCUUUGCGAGGUUGCAUGAAGUCAGUCAGACCUUUAGUGAUGACCAUGUCUUCUAAGAACCAGUGUUUGAUGUAUAGAACAGACCAAGCUCAAGAUGUAAAGAAGAUCGAGAAAUUCCACAGUCAACUAAUGCGACUUAUGGUAGCCAAGGAAUCCCGCAGUGUUGCCAUGGAAGCAGACUGAAUGGUUUGCAGUGAAGAUUCUGUUUGUCAUGUUGUUAGGAAGUAAAUAUCUUUUGAAUUUGAGAAAAUGUUGGAACAGAAAAUACUUUAUGUAACGAAGUGGAGCCAAGAGAUCAUUUUUUGUAUUUUCUUUUUAAUGUUUGCUUUAGAGAGCUAGGAAUGUAAAUGGUUUCAAUUAGAAAACCUUUAUUUAUUUUUGGAAAUUGAACGAGAAUUAUAUCUAUCUUGGAAACGUUUUGUGGAUUGUUUGAUGUUGGGUAAAAUAUAUAAUUCUCUGAUAAAUUUGUAUCCAUAAUUUGAAAAUGAGAUAUCAAGAAAAGCCAGUUCUUCCAUCAAUUUAGUUGAUCUGGCUUUAAAAGAAAAUGAAAUGUAACCAUUUUGAUAGAUGAGUAUAUUUCUUUUGGAGCAUAAAAUUUGUGCUGUUGAUGACCAAUAAACAUAAAAUGUGGUAACUGGAAUUAACUAUACACCAUAAUAUACCUGAUUAUGUACAGUAGUGUAGUCUUAUUAUAUCUAAAAAAGUAAUAAUAACAAGUAUGCUUUAUGUUAACCUCUCCACAUUUAAGCUAUAAUUUUUAGUGUAAGGGAUUUGUGUUAUCAUCACCUUGUUGAACAGUGACUAGCUUUGCAAAAUCUGGUUUUCAGUGAUCAGAAACAAUAGCAGUUAUUUGAAUUCAUGAAUGGAAUGAUGAUCACUGUGAUGGACUGAAACCACCGUAUUACAGACAUGUUUACUACGCAUUUUUCAGCUAUAGUUUCUCAGAAGGGCUAAGAAUUAUUCAAACUGUUAAAUUUUUGCAUACCUCUCUGACACCCCUGCCCGUUUUCUCUCUUUACUUAACCAAGGUGUUACGCAUGACUGUCAUAACUGUUAUAUUUUCCAGUAAACCAUAAAUGUGAUACUAUUUGAUAUCUAUCCUAUAUUUGUAAGUUGAAUUUUACCAUCUAAAUGUAACGUUCACAUGCUGAUGCCACAAGAAUGAAAUGAAGGCAGUACCCUAAAAUAGCUUUUGAAGAAAUGUGUCGUGUUCAGCAACAUGUUAGCAUAGGAAGAUCUAUUAACCGUAUGAAUUUUGGGAUGUUUCAGAGGAGUCAGUAAAUAAAAUAUUGCACAAAUAUAUAUCAUUUGUUGACCUUUUUAACUUCUCAAGAAUUACUGAUUUCUUGACUGAAGUACACUAUAUUCAUUUAGUCUAAAGUGAGCCUAGUGAUAUUGAGAGUAAGUUCUUUAGUAUGUUUUAUCAUAGGACUUUUUCUGAGCUGUACGUUGAUGGCACGGUUGUUUUCUUGAAUUAGGAAAGUAACAUCAUUCAGUGUGGGGUUAUUUUGGCUUUGGAUUUUUCCCCCCAGAAUUAAUGGGAUCAUUGUAGUUGUGGGGGAGGUUUGGCCUUUUUUUCCCAUCUACUUUUUAACACCGUGGAGAUGACCUGGGAGGGAAGGACUGGUGUUUGGGUUCGAGUCCGUGUAGCCUGUAGCAGCGUGGUUAAGAGCAGAGACUCCAAGUCAGACUGCCCGGCUUGUAAUCUUGGCUCCACUAUUUCCCAACUCUGUGGUCUUAGACGAGAUACUUCUUUCAGCCUUCAUUUUCUUCUCUGGAAAUGGGGCUAACAAUAUCACCUUCCUUGUAGGACUACUAGGAUUAAAUGGCAUGAUCCAUUUUAAGCUUUUGGCACAGUGCUUAGAAUAUAGUAAAGCUUAAUAAAUUGUAGUUGUUCUCAUUGUUUUGAUUCCUGUUUUUCAGGGGAGAGAGUAUAAGUAACCAGCUCUUAUGUUUUCUCUUAAUUCUAAAGGAGUGAUUAUUUACAGGUAAUAUCUGCCUUUUCUGCUGAGCUGUGCCCUUUAUUAAAUGUCAUUUUUUGUACUUGGGGAAACAAAACAAAAUUGCCUCCAUGGAAAAUGUGCUUUUUGUGCUAAUGUGGGGGGAAACUGAAAUCCUUAAAUUUAAAACUUGUGUUUGCUGUGUCUGUACAAAAUAAAAUGAUUACUUAAGACAGCUAAUCGAUGAUAAAAAGUA